AUGGGUGCCAUAAAUUCAAAAACGAGAUAUAAAAAUAAAAAAUUAUUUGUUCAUAAAAAUUGUGUAUCGGAAAGAAGAAGUUCUUCGGAAAGUUUUGAACAAUGUAACGAGCUAAAAACUUUUGGAAAUCGAAAAUAUUUAAAUGGAGACAAUGUUCGAUACAUUUUUCCAAUUGACCAUGAUGAAUUAAAAAGGUUAGAAUUAACGCAUACCUGGAAUAAAGCCCUAUGGAACGAACAAUCAUUUGCUUUACCUGCAUGUGAAGUUUUUAACCGAAAUGCUAAAAUUUUGGAUAUUGGUCUGGACAUGGCGCAAAAACAUCCGAAUUGUCAUUUCACGGGCUUAGAUGUUUAUUUUCCGCCUGACAUUGACAUAAAAGGGGAAAAUGUUAAAUUUACAUUAGGAAAUAUCUUAAAUGGACUUCCUUACGAGGACAAUUCAUUUGAUUUAGUUUUUAUGAGAAGCAUGAAAGGUUGUUUCACUAACAAGGAUUACAACUCAUGCUUACAAGAAAUGAUACGUGUAUCUUGCAGAUGGAUAUUAAUAAUUGACUCUGAUAUCGUAUUAAUUGAUGGAGGUCCUUUAGCGACCCAAUUGAGAGAUCAAGUUCUUGAUGAACUACUGACAAAAUUUGACAUAAGUAUGAUGCCAAGCUCAAUUAUUCGAAAAUGUUUAGAAAGUAGUGAUAAGUUAUCCGAUAUCUCUUUUGACGAUGAACAAUGUCCAAUUGGAAAGUGGGGAGGUGAAAUAGGAAUGAUUUAUUGGCAAAUUCUGAAAUGGUCUACAAAGAAUAUAUAUCAUUCAGUUUCAUCAUUAGGAUAUUCUGAAGAGGAAUAUAAUUUAAUGAUCGAUGAAGCAUUUGAUGAAUUAAAUCAAUACCACGCAUAUAAUAUGGG